AAUGCAAACAUGCAGCCACUUGACUGCUGCACAAGUAGCUCAAGCAGUGUAAUUUACCAGACGAUGAUAUAUCGGCUGGUCCACGAGAAUACACUCUACUCUCUCUGUAAAUUUACCUCUGAUCAAGCUUUCUAUAUAUACAGUAACGAAGACAAUGGCUGUAAAUCCACAAGCUUUCGAGCAGUUCACUCUGAGACAAAUUCGCAUCACUGAGAAUGAGUUGGGACAUGGUUCUUACGCUGUUGUCAUGGAGCUAGAGUAUCGAGGACUGAAAUGUGCCGGCAAGAAGCUUUACCGAGUUCUCUACGAGACUGGAAUCGGGCAUGCAGCACGAAGGUAUCUGGAGGAGUGUCACCUGCUCAGUCAAACUAGGCACCCCAACAUUGUCCAGUUUCUGGGAGUCUGUUUUGAGGAAGGCUCUCAGUUCCCCAUCCUAGUCAUGGAAUUCCUCCCCACCAACUUGACCAGCUGUCUCGAGCGCUACGGUAUUCUCCCCGAUGAGAUCAACUUCUCCAUCCUCCAUGAUGUCUCACUGGGCCUGGUCUACCUCCAUGGCCAAACACCAGUCAUUGUGCACAGAGACCUCUCAGCCAACAAUGUCCUCUUGUCCACCAAUAUGACGGCCAAGAUAUCCGAUCUGGGAGUUGCUCGAAUAUUGAACCUCACCCCCCUUCAAGUGAGUCGAAUGACGGAGACCCCUGGCACCCCAGCGUACAUGCCCCCUGAAGUGAUGGUUGCCAACCCCCACUACAACACCAGUGUGGAUGUGUUCUCCUUUGGAAUCAUGAUGAUUCACACCUUCACAGCAGAGUGGCCACUACCAAGUAUCGGCCAGACACGAAUCGAUCCUGUUAAUCCUGACAGACUGAUACCAGUGACAGAAGCUGAACGACGUGAAGAGUUUCUUCGGAAGAUUCCACCAGACCACCCUCUGAUGGACCUCAUCAUGCGUUGUCUCAGCAACAACCCUCAGCGAAGGCCUAGAGCAGCGGAGAUAGUGGGUCGGACGGUUGGUGUGGUACUUGAACACCCUCCCUCCUUUGAGAACAGAGUGGAGAUGCUCCAGCGAGUGAGUGCUCUACUGACAGAGAAUAGGGAGCUUGAGGAGGAGUUUGUGAGGAAGGACUUGGCAAUCCAGGAGAAAGCAGGAGAGAAUGAGGCACUGGCGGAGGAAAAAAGACGACAAGAGGAAGAAAGUGAAAACACUGUCGAGCGUAUGCAGUUGGUGCACUCUGUUGAAGCCGAACAACAUCAAGCUAUCAUUGAAAAUCUUAAAGGCCAGUUGAUUUUCAAUCAGGACAUGAUGGCUAAACUAGAAACUCAAUAUAUACAACUCACUGAAGAGGUGGAGCAACAAAUUGCUCACAAAGAUUUGAUGCUUGCCUCUAAGGAUUCUUACCUUCAGAAGAAGGAAGCCACCAUUCAGAGUUUAAACGACCAGCUCACCAAAACCAGAGACUACCUGACCAGCAAACCACAGUCCCUACAGGUUCAGUUAUCCUACAGUCAGUGCUCUGAGGCUCCAGUAGAGAUGUAUGGUGGACUAGCGGUAACCAUCAAUGGCAAGGUCUACUAUGGUGGAGGAAACUGUGAUGACAAUGAUGGCAUAUACUGUGUCCACUGUUACGAUCCGCCACAAGAUGUCUGGUUAACUCUGCCUAGACUUCCUGUACACUAUUUUGGUCUAGGGGAGGUCAAAGGUGAACUGGUAGCAGUUGGCGGUGUGGAUUCAUCCCGCUCUAUAUCCAAUGUAGUACAUGUGUUUGACAAAGGAAGAAACUGGAAACGGACGAUCCCACCCAUGCCCACAGCGAGGUAUUCAGCAGCAUUUGUUAGUCUCCCAACACAUCUGGUCGUAGCAGGAGGUCUGUUAGACUCUGGUGACUACACUGAUAAUGUUGAGAUCUACAACAUCAGCACCUCCCAGUGGAGCGAGACAGACAGACUACCGUAUGCUUGUUUUGGCCCAAGAGGAAUUGUCUACAACAACACAGUGUACCUAAUGGGGGGACGUGUUGGCAAGAAUCUAAACAAGGUGUGUGCUGCUCAAGUCGACAAGCUCAUCUCAGCAGACCGACAGGAUGAUGGGAGUGCCAACAAAGCUGACUCUGUCUGGAAUACACUAUCCAACACACCGUCUUACCAGCCCUCCCCUGUAACGAUAUCCGACACCCUCUUUGCUGUUAUUGGAAAGGAUAGUGAAAAUAAAACCACUCAAAAGAUCUACGCCUACUCAUCCUCGAUGGACUCCUGGCUCUACAUUGGUGAUCUACCAUCUCCUAUAGCAUACGCUGCCACUGUGUCACUGUCUCCAACAGAGUGCCUUGUGAUCGGGGGACUGAACAAUGAAUGUGAAAGACAAUCAACUGUGCAUAAAAUUAAAAGUGCAACAACCAUUUCUUGAGUGUUUUGGUUUGUAUAGCUCAAAUGUUUAUGAUAAUUGUUGAAAUAAUCAUAAUCAUGUUGCA